GUCACUUCCUGCUUACUUGUUAUUCAAUUUUUUGUAUAACACCAAUUGCGCGAUAUUAUAAUAUUUAUAAUAAUUAUUAAGAUGAUUAUUAUUAUUAUCAUCAGUCUAUAUUUUAGCUUUUAACUUUGUUUUGUUUGAGCGUCCACUUCCGGUGUCGUUGUGCUUGUCGUCCUGGUGUUCUUUCCUCGGCUCAGAGAGAAGCUUUCAGGAUUAUUUUCCCCAAAGCUUUCAAGAUGAGAUUUAUUUUUGGAUAACAGUACUAUGGAAGCGGUUUUUCUUUCUCUCCUACUACAUUUUGUCUUGUUUUGUCAAGAUGAGAAGCAGAUGAACGUUUCAGAGCGGCACUUGGAGUUAUAAUCUUCCUGAUUUUUACUGCCAUAGUAAUAAUAAUAAUAAUAAUAAAUUAUUAAAACAAUAAUGGAAGGAGUGCUGUACAAGUGGACUAAUUACAUGACAGGAUGGCAGCCACGCUGGUUUGUGCUGAACAAUGGAAUAAUUUCAUAUUAUGACUCACAGGACAAUGUGUGCAAAGGCAGCAAGGGCAGCAUAAAGAUGUCAGUGUGUGAAAUUAAAGUUCACCCGACUGAUAAUACCAGACUUGAGCUGAUCAUACCAGGAGAGCAGCAUUUCUAUGUGAAGGCUGUGAACGCGGCUGAGAGACAGAAAUGGCUUGUGGCGUUAGGAAGCUCGAAGGCAGGCCUUGCUGACACGAGAACCAAAAAAGAAAGAGAAUUAACAGAGACCACCGAGUCUCUGAAAACCAAGAUGUCAGAACUGCGUCUGUACUGUGACUUAUUGAUGCAACAGGUUCACACCAUUCAGGAGUCGGUGGAACAGGAUGGAGAUCAUGCUGAGACGAGGAAUGAGGCGUCAUCUUUGUUGAGUGCUACGUGUAACACCUUUAUUCAGACACUGGAGGAAUGUAUGAAGAUUGCUAAUUUGAAGUUUCAGACAGACAUGCUGCAGGCUAGUCCUCCAGAUCCGCUGAUGUCACCCGUCUCUCCAUCUCCUAUCCAAAUGGCCAGAAUGAAACGCUCCAUCAGCCAUCCAGGCACGUAUAGCUACGACAGGUCCAGUGCGCUGAUGGAGCCCAGGUCAGCACAGAGACGCACACGGACGUGCUCAGAUACUGAGGCUCUUAGUGACGGUGGUGCAGAAGAAAUGGAGCGUCCCAUGCUGUUUCACAAAGUCAGUGUAAAUGGCGACGCCGCACCAGUAAUUCCUGAAGAGAUCGGCACAGGGACAUGUUUAACAAUGGAAACAGACACUCCGGAGUCAGACUUGUCACUUUGAGCGCAGAGUUUUCGGGUUACGCAAACAAGAGGAAAUGUGCUGACGUGCAGCUGCUACUUGCAGUUCAGCGUUACUGAUGUUUAGGAAGUAUUAUUUUCCUCAGUGAAGAAUUUCAUUGCACUUUAAUAAGAAAAUGGCAGAAAACAAAGUUUGAAUGUUUGUAUUGUUUUUGUUUUUUUUCCCCCUUUCCAGUUCUUUUAAUUUGCCACAUUGUUUGUUUUGUGAUACAAAAGUGAUGUAUUUCAGUUUGGAUUGCACAAGUGAUGUGUAUCCGAUCGUGAGAGAACCUUGAUGAGUAAGGUUUUAGUGCCAAGUGAGUGGCGAUACUGUGAGUGUACUGACAUUAAAGGGUAAUUCUACUUUACUUUUCCAAAAAUUUUGUAUAAUUUGCUGAGCAAGAAGUCAUCACUGGUGCACUUAAACCUCCAGAAUGUUUGAAAUGUUGCCUUAGAUGGUAAGAUGUUAAUCUCUGGUUCUCGUAGACACGGACCACAACGAUGACAUGCUUUUGUGUGAGUUAUGUAGCAUGGUAAAUGACAUGCUGCACACAGCAUAGAAAAUAACGUUAUAUAGAGUUAUUUAGAUUUCCCAAAAUAAUUCUAAACAUAUGAAACUGCACUUUAGUUUCCUUCACAAAUAUAGUUUUAAGAGAAUCUAUCUAACUGAGCAAAAUCUGAGCAAAUUAUGUUGACAUUUUGGAAAAUCAAUAGAAUUUCCUAUUUCUUUUAUGCUUUACUUUUGCUUUGUUGUCCACUUGGCAUGCCGCAGUGUUUACGCAGAUAUUAUGCAAAUUCACCCUUUUUUAUGUUUAUUAGGUUGCCAGAUUUUACAUGUCAUUUUCCCCUUUAUACAUUAUUUUGCCUUAAAAUUGAUUCUUCGCAUGGCGGAAGCUGAUAUGUUGAUUAUAUAUAUAUAUAUAUAUAUAUAUAUAUAUAUAUAUAUAUAUAUAAUGUAGGGAAAUGCAUUAAAAGUAUGUGGGAUUUUUUUAAACACCUUUUAUCUAACUUGUACAUGGCAUUAAUGCUCAACAUUCUAUCUGUUAAUGAAAUGGAAAGAGUGUAAACUGCACAUUAUUUAGCACAGCUAGGGAAAUCUAGCUUUAACUCCAUUACUCCUCACAUUUAUCUGUUACCAAAUUUUACCCAUUGGAUUCUAAGUGUUUUUCUUUAAAAUGUAGUGGGGGAAAAUGUAAUUUAAAUGAUUGUAUGGACGUGCAGAAGGAGUUCUCAUUGAUUAUUGUAAGAAUCAGUACAGAAGAACAUUACAGAGUAAAUCUGUUAUCUGCUGAACCAGCCACUUUAUGUUAACGCUCAGCUAAAGCAGAACUGAAACAAAAAGAUGCAGCCCUAUGUGCUCUUCCUUCCUUCUUUGAACAUUUAUUGCUUUUCUUUUAUUUUAUGAUUUUGUACAUUUUAGUAAGGCAUUCUUACAACAGCUGCAAGAGAAUAAAGUAGUUUUGAAGCAUGAUGUAUUUCUUUCUUAAGAUUUGCAUUUAGCACGUUUCCAUUCACAUAUUUUUUUUAAGUCUCGUAAAUAAACUGCUUAACAUGUGGUGAAAAUGAGUGACACAAAUCAAGGUCUUUUAUUUUGCCAUGUUGUUUGGUUUGUGAAACAAAAGUUAAUCAGUGAAGAAAUCUACUUUGGAUUGUACAAGUGACAUGUAUGUUUGUGAAGAGAACCUUGAUGAGUAAGGUUUUAGUGCCAAGUGAGUGGCGAUACUGAGUGUACUGAAAUUAAAGGGUAAUUCUAC